AUGUCUGAAACUGGCUGGUGUAUUGAAGCCGAUUUGGAUAGCGAACACAUGCGACUAAAGCUAUUUUUUAUGGAUUUACAUUCAGUGCCUCGAAAUCAUUUGCGUUACAUCUCAUGGAUUGCUUAUGUAGUCACUCGAGACCCCAGGAAUGGUAUUCGUGAGAGUAUUGUAGUCACCAAUUCUCCACACGGCAACUAUUAUAUACAAGAUGGCAUGGAUAUGGGCACCAUCAUGGACACCAACAUCCUCUCCCAUCAGAUAAAAGAGUCGCCAAAGGUCUAUCUGGAAAUGGAGGGACAGUUGACUGUCCACAUUGAAUGGUGUGAUUCAAUGAUGCUUUUCAACCAUAUCUAUCAUAAAUACGAUGACAUCCCUCGCAUUCAUUGUCAACAAAUGCGGUCAAACCCGUAG